AUGUCCACCCGAGUCGCUAGCGACCAAGAUCGGCCUCGCAAUUCAAAGCAGCGGCGUAGGCGUACCCGGACUGGUUGCGAGCGAUGUCGAGUGCAGCGUCGCAAAUGUGACGAAGAAAAACCCCAGUGUGGGCGCUGCAACGCCGCCGACAUAAUAUGCAGAUAUGAGACGCGCAUAUCAUUUCUUGAUAAAAAUUCUCGGACAGUAUCAAGCGACGUCGUCCUGCCGCAAAACUCAUCUUCGGCAACUCGUGGAUACCCAGCUUUAGAGUUUGUUGUCAACAACUCUGAGGCCCGUUGGGAGGACGCAAGUUCCAAUCUUACGCCGAAUACUACAUAUCAUGCCGCGGAAAAACUAGGUCGUCCGAAACCAUUUGCAGAACUAUUAAUCGCAUCGACUCGAUAUUCGCAGCGCGAGAAUUCCGAGGUUGGUAGCCAACUAUCUCGAAACGAAGAUAUACAGGACCGAUCAUUAGAUCCACCGCAAAAUCUCAGUGUUUGGGAAGAGGAAAACGGUUGGCUCCUCUUUGGGCGCAGUUCAUUAUCGGACGACGAGGUUGAACUCUUGAAGCAUUACCUCCGUUAUGUUGCCCCUUGGCUCGACGUCUAUGACCAAAGCCAGACAUUUCAAUGUCUUCUCACUCAGUUGGCCAUGAAAUCACCAUGCGUGUUAGAGAGCCUACUGCAGCUCUCGGCGGCCUUUUCCGACCACCCGAUUGAAAUAAUUAGGCGCCGUGGCGUCGGACUUCUCCACAUUCGGGCCAUGUCGAAUCCACCUACAACAGAGUCAUCCUCCACAAGUCUUCGAAUAAUAGCAGUAUUCGCACUUGUGAGGACAGUUUUGUUCGUACAAGAUGUCCCAGACUUGUGGAAGCCCGGCUUUUAUGCCUCCCCUAGGUUUCAUAAGUUCGAGUUUGUUGAUAUGACUCAACGGCGCAUAUGGCUUGGCCUCUUUACCCUGAUCGCGAGACUGGGUAUGCAAUGCUUCCUUGACCAAAUCGCGCAUUCCCUCAUGAAUCAAACUGCACCUAUUAUGCUCUCCGAGUUUAUGCCACAGAUUUUAAACAUAUCGAAGACAUUUGUCGCGAGCGAGAAUAAGCCACAUGAGAUCUUACACGCUUGUCUCUGUUGUCUUAGCUUGCUUGCCGAUGCGAUGAAGUUCUGUUUGCCAAUUUCGGAAGCAGAAAAAGAUUUGGCGUCGUCUCAAUCUGUAUCGGAAGCGCCGACAGGUCCGUCUUGUAUUACGAGGAUCGGCAAACUCUUUGAUCAGCUACGAAUGUGGUGGACAAAUCGACCACCGCAGCUGCAGCCCUUGAUAGAAACCGAGGGUUGCGAUGCAACCUUUCCCACCAUCGCCUUUGCGAGUGGCGCUGGCAUAUCAUCGAAUAUUCUCUACCACACGGCUAUGUUCUUGCUUCUUAAAAAUAGAUGGCGAUUGACACCCCUCUUUGAAUCGAGCGGAAGCACUGUGCUAGAUGAAAUCCAAACAUCGCCCAUAUGGCACGCACGACAAGUAUGUGGCAUCGCGAUGAAUAGCGAACCCGAACACACUAAAUGUUGGGACCCCAGUACCAUGGCCGCACUCCGGCUUAUGGCGCGACAAAUGACGCAUCCUUCACAACAAAAAGAAAUAACGACAUGGUUUAACCGUGUUAAAAAGGCUGGCUGGCAUAUCGAUAGCUUAAUUCAUAGGUUGCACGACGAAUGGGGUGCAAGCUCUGAUUCUUCGGAGUUUCGUGCCCCUAUUGAGAACCCCAGAGACCUCGAGGGGGACUUUAGAAAGCCCCGCAAAGAUGUUGAACCGGAUAGCGACAUCGUCUUGGCGUAACGACAUGAGAGGAUCGCAAUUUAACUCGUUCAAUGUUACUUCUACCUGCAGUAUAAGCCGUUGUGCAAUGAGAUCUUCAUCCAACUAUCGAACGCCUCUCAUUUCAUUAAAUAUGUCUAUUCGGAAAGAUGCAGCGGAGUAGGACGAACCUUGGUAGAUAAGUCCGAACCCCUUAUGUACCUAGGCACCUAUGUUACGUAGAAACAAAUGUUCGCUGGCUAAAUUCCAGGGCGUGAAUUUCCGGGUCCUAUGUCGGAGAUAUCGGGUCGGAGAUCGAAAAAUAGGGGGUUGGGAAUAUGACACACACCUUACCUAAUUUAGUUUAAUCGAGUUUUUGCGGGCGCGAUGGCGUAUCUAACCUAACCUAACC